AUGGAUUCCCUCGAUUCUCUCCGCCACCUCAUUCAAAACCACCCAUUGAUUGACAACCAUGCCCAUAAUGUAUUGAGUCGCGACGUGGCCGCCGACUACGAUAGCUACCCGUUAGAAUCCAUCACCUCCGAGGCUCACGGUCGCGCUUUGGAAAAUGCUCGGUUCACUCUGCCUUUGCUGCGGGCUACCAACCAGCUUGCCGAGCUCUACGGGAGCCCCUGUGCGGAAUGGUCAGAUGUACUAGCUGCCCACAGUCGAUGGGUAGAGCAGGAUUAUGAAGGUCUGAUCAAACGAAGCUUGGAGGGCACGCAUGCCCUCCUCCUCGAUGACCUCUUAUCAGACGACGAUGUCGAAUCAUACGACUGGCAUGACUCAUUUACGGUAUCGGCGACAAAACGCAUUGUUCGAAUCGAGGCCGUAGCAGCCUCGCUCCUGGUGGAUCUGAUGAGUACGGAGCGCAAAGAAGGCCAAACCGUGUGGAGUCUCUUCCGGCAACAAUUCCUGGACAAGCUGGAGCACGCGAUGGAUGAUCCCGCCGUUGUGGGGUUCAAAUCGGUUGUUUGUUACCGCACGGGACUGGAUGUUGACCCCCACACGCCAGAUGAGGAUCUGCUGACAGCCUCGCUCCACCGUACCUUGGACCUGGGCACUAGAAAAUCGGGGUACCGGAUUGAGGAAAAGCCUCUAAAUGAUUGGCUGGUCCAGCAGACCCUGAAAUUGAUUACCUGGAGGAAGAGAGCUGGCAUUGUGAAGCCCCUACAGUUCCAUACUGGCUUGGGUGAUAAUGAUAUUAAUCUCCUACGAGCCAACCCGGCUUAUCUUCAGCCCUUGAUUGUCCAAUACCCUGAUGCUGAUAUCGUGUUGUUGCACUCGGCAUAUCCGUAUACUCGCGAGGCCGCGUACCUCACUACCGUGUAUCCUAACAUAUACUUGGAUCUUGGGGAGGUCUUCCCAAUGGUCAGUCGACAGGCCCAAGAAAACAUUAUACGGGAAAGUCUGGAAAUCACACCCACAAACCGUCUUCUUUGGAGUACAGAUGGUCAUUUCCAUCCCGAGACCUUUUGGCUCGCCAACAAGCAGUUCCGACAGGCGCUAGAGAAAGUGUUUGUUGAUUACGUGCAACAUGGUGAUUAUACAGUUGCACAAGCCAAGGCCGCGGCGGCCGACAUUUUGUUCUAUAACUCGAACCGCCUUUAUAGAUUGAACUUGACGCCACAGUAUCAGUCCGAAGCCACCACUCUACCAUUGGUUAUUCCUAGUCAGAUAUCUGCAGUUGCUGCCGACCCAUUAAAUGCCUUCUUGAAAGCCAACCCUCGGGUCGAGUACGUCUGGAUGCAAUGGGUGGAUUACACAUCAACAGUCAGACUGCGCAUGUUCUCACUUGCAGAGUUCAUUUCGGUUUCUCGGCAACAAAGGAGAGUCGGAAUCGCGUUAGCUUCGUUGCACAUGCUUCAGAAUGACAAGAUUCUACCCGAAGGGUCAACAACAGGCCAAUUCUACCUGCAGCCUGAUUAUUCUAGCCUUUACCUCAAUGGAGGCAUGGUAGCACCGGCUGCUCCCAGCGCCACUAUCAUGACCUUCUGGCAAUCAGAAGAUGGCGGACCAUUGGAAGGGUGCCCCAGAGGGACAUUGCAAAAUAUUGUCGAAAAGCUCCACAAAGAACAUCAGAUCGACGUUUUGUGUGGUUUUGAGGUCGAGGUCGUUUUCCUCAAGCCGUGCGAAGAAACGGUAGCUGGGCAGAAGACGAGCUACAACCCUGCAACAACCAUUCACUCAUGGUCGCAAAUGACUGUGGAAACAAGACGGGUAGUUCCUAUACUUGAAGAGAUUAACAAGACAUUGGUGACCAUGGGGAUUCAUCUACAGCAAUUCCACGCCGAGUCUUCCCCUGGUCAGUUCGAAUUUAUUCUCCCACCAUUUUCACCUCUAGCCGCCGUGGAUGCCCUCAUUGCCACUCGACAAGUCAUCUCUAGUGUUGCCGAUCGACACGGUCUACGUGCAACCCUCCACCCACGUCCUUUCUCUGACGGGGCCGGCACCGCCUCUCACACGCAUAUCUCCAUAACCCCGCCAACCAAAGAAGACUCCUUCUUAGCCGGAAUCCUUGAUAAUUUCCGUUCUAUCGUGGCAUUCACUCUGUCGCAAGAUGCAAGCUACGAGCGCGUCCGCUCAGGCAUCUGGUCCGGAGGCGAAUGGGUGGCAUGGGGCGUUCAGAACCGCGAGGCUCCUAUCCGUAAGAUUGAAGCCGGGCACUGGGAGAUCAAGUCGAUGGAUGGCCUGGCAAACCCCUAUUUUGCCGUGGCAGCCCUACUCGCUGGAGGGUACAUGGGUCUAGAAGCGAAGGCCCCUUUGACUGUGAAGGAGUGUGCCGUUGACGCAGCGUCCCUUACCGAUUCGCAACGCUCCGAGCUUGGGAUUACUGCCCACAUCCCGAAAUCCUUGGAAGAAAGUUUGAUCGCACUUGAGAAUAAUCAGAUCCUUCAGAAAAUGCUCGGGGCUAAAUUUGUUCGAAAUUAUACGCUCGUCAAACGGGCGGAAUCGGCUUUGUUGUCUGCCAUGUCGGAGGCAGAAAGGCGGCUGUGGAUUGUGGAGAGAUAUUAA